AUGUCGUAUUCGGACGAAUCCAGCGCAUCGAACGCAUUCAAUUGGCAACUCAUGUCGAAUGGUCAAGGAGCUUCUCCCCAACAGCCCUCCGAGCAACAAGCUUUUGACAUUCACUACAACCAAUAUCAAGCGUACUAUUACAAUCAUCCCCACGUAUACAAUUAUGCAGCUGAUCAAAACGCAGCGUAUUACUAUCAGCAGUAUUACGGGUAUUAUCCUGUUGUGAAUCAGCAUGCUUAUCAUCAUCAUCAUCCUAUGGAGAAUGGGUAUUCACAUGUGGAGAACAGCACUGCCAGCUAUCAUCACCAAUCAUCAUCCGCUGUUGUACCAUCAGCACCAGCACAGCUGCCACAAGCAUCGCCUCCACCAUCAAAGUCAUCUCAAUCUCAAUCUCAAACACCAAAUGCACCUUCGUCGUCACAGCUGAAGGAAGAUGAAAAAGUGUCAACUUCUGCUGAAGAAUCAUCAUCCUCGAGGAUCCAUGAAAAGGCCGUGUGUAACAUUGAAGGUGACGGCACUGUUCCGACGACGACAACGACGACAAAUCGCAAACCAGUAUUCAAGCAGAGCAAGUUUGGCAGCUUUAUGGGCAAAUUGCUUUUGGUCAAAGGCAAAGGAGGAAAUGGAAAAGAUGAUAAGGAUCAUGAUAAGACGAGUGUAUCCAAGAAAAGAGGUGGCGUUCAUCGACCUGCAGCCGAGAAAACAACUUCUUCGGGACAUCACCAACAACAGCAGAAUCUCAUGGCAACCAAUUACUUUCAAAUUCGGAAGGAAGUUCCAGUUGCAGAUAAUGUUGUCAUGGCGACGAAGAAGGAUGAAGAUAAUGACAAGGAGAAGAAAUGCGUUUCAGAUUCAAUUACAGCAACCACUACAGCAACAGCCGGUGUUGACAUUGAUGAUGCCCCACCAUCGCCAUCAACCAAAAAUGCGCAAGAAGAUGAUGCCACGCAACCGAAUGACAAAGAAAAUGUUGAUGUGGAUUCCUUGUUCGAUGAUGUCAGCUCUCUUAGCUCACUUCAAUCGGAUGACAGCGUACUUGGACCAUGGAUGUUGGAUGAGCAAGAUGACAACAAUGAUGAUGAGGAUAGCGAGCCUUCUUGGUGCAUUGAUUGUGAUGCAUUGCCAGAGCAACAGAAUGCUUUUGAGCCCACUCUCAUGUGCGAUGGAUGCAAGACCAAAUGGGUUUUCAGAACUGUCAGCUUGAUCAACAAAAUCGCUGGUGCUGCAAUGCAUCAAAGGAGACGAAGACCUGCAAGUCGACCACCAAAAGAGAAGCAGAGCAAAGUUUUGGGACAACAUAAGGCGAAGAUGAGCAACAGCAGUACCGCAAAACGAAGGGCAACCACCUCAAUAUCUGGAACGAGACGCAAAGCGAAGACUCAGCAGCAUCGUGAGCAGAAGCUACCACCGCCCACAAAGUCGCGUGCAAGUAAAGCCAUUCAAAAGAAGACCAAUAGUGGGAAAAAGAAGAAGGAUGAGUUUGUGACCACAGGCGCAUUUAUGACACGCAACACGGCGAAGCAAUUGGCUGAUCCAGAGCAUGGUUUUCACCCUAAUCCACAUGGCUUUACUCGUAUGCAGCAAGUAGAGGUGCUCAAUUUCAAUGGUCAUUGGUAUCGUGGCGUGCUUACCAUGAUGAAUGCCAAUCGGGUCAAGGUCGAAUACAUCGAUUGGCAAGAUCAGGAGGAGUGGAUCAUAAUGAGUAGUCGUCGGCUGAGAACGAUCAAGCCUGACAAGAUUAUGACAGACCCUGUACAUGAAGAAGAUUGUGAUCCUCUUUUACCUCAGGCUACAUCGGCUACAGAGACUAUGACAAUGACAACCAAGGCCAAGGGAGAUGAUUACGUUACAGCUACUCUGGAUACGGAUCCACAUCAGAUAUCCAAUGACAAUGAAGUCUAUUUGACACGUCGCAUGGCCAAAGAAUUGAAAGACGAGCAUGGCUUCCGGAUCAAUACAUUUGGAUAUCGCUACAAUCGUGCUGUGGCAGUGACAUGCAAGCGUGGUGUCAUGGGCAAAAAGAACAUUGAGUACCUUGGCUAUUUACGGGAGAUGCGUGAUACUCAAAUACGUGUCUGGUAUCCGACGUUGAGACAAUCAGAUUGGUUGGUUGUUGGAAGCCGGCGUCUUCGAUUGCUUACACCCGAGGAAGAAAAGGUCCUUGAGGAAGAGGGAAAGAAAAUGGAGUCUCUAUUGCAACAACCACCCCCUCAAUCUUCUGCUCCAGCAAAAGAAAAGAAUAAGACUGAUGCAGCAAUAUCAAUGGAUUCAUCCUCAGUAUCAUCACCUUCAGCCAAACGAAGAAAAGCGAGUCGUUCAUCUGCCAAAAAGGACACGCCAAAGCAAACAGCAUGUGAAGCACCUCAGCAGCCAAAGACCAGCAAAGGAAAAAGCGUGGAGACCAAUGUAUCCAUAGCACCUGCUGCUGCUCCAAAGUCUACCAAGAAGAUCCCCUCUCAAGAGUGUACCAGCCAAUUCACAACAACAGGUGCAUUUGCUACACGCCGCGCCAUGAGACAGCUCCAAGAUGAGCAUGGUUUUGUCCCCAAUCCAUAUGGUUACUACAACAACCAACCUAUUGAGGUACUCAAUACUCGCACCGCCAAGGGCAAGUUUUUCUGGGAGAGAGGCCAUUUAGUGGGCAUGAAACCUGGCUAUGUAAAGGUGCGCUAUGAUGGAUGGAGCGAUAUUUAUGAUGAGUGGUUUAUGGUUGGCAGCCGCAAAAUACGACCUGCAAGCACUGAAUCGAAUGAAUCAUCAGCAUCGACAACAACAACAGCAACAACAACAGGCGGUGUCAAUGAAGGAAUUGCUGCCACAGGUGGAGAUUUGUUAUGCUUGGAGGAUAAUCCAGAAUUGCGACAUGAAAAACGACCCCAUCGGUUGAUUGGCCCUGAAGAUUAUUUACAGCUGGGCUAUCUUGUACCCAUUGUUGAUCCACCACCACCACCACCACCUUCUUCUUGUUCAGUGCCUUCAAAUUCAAAGCUCACGCAAAUCCCCGACAAUGAGGAUGAUGAUAAUGAUGAUGGCGCUGUCAUUGAUAACGACGAUGAUGAAGACUACACAUGCAAAAAGCGUAUUGGUCGACGACGACGUAAGCGACAAACAUCAGCAACAAGCAGCCGUGGCAAACGAAGACGACGUAUCACUACGACAAAAGCACAAUCCAGAAAGCGAGAUCGUGAAAAAGAGGAGGAGGAGGAUGGUGAAUGGGAGGAACAAGUUUUCCCCUCCAAGAUCCCCAUAUCAACAUUGAUACGACGUGGCCGACCUGUGGAUGGUGAUGAUAAUCAUGGAUUUAUUGCCAAUGUGUAUGGAUACGACUAUAUGCAACAUGUACAAGUCCUUCAUCUCGAUAAAAAGUGGUACGAGGCACGACUCGUCAGGAUGGAGCGCAACAUGGUGCGUGUACACUUUUGUGGAUGGAUCGACAAGUUUGACGAGUAUAUUCGUGUGGGGAGCCGCCGUAUACAAGUUAUUGAAAAUGAUCACGAGGUCGAAUGUAUCGAGCCAUUCUACAAGGAACGAUAUGAAUCGGCAGCUUAUCAACAAUGUCAGCAUGAUCAUCAAGUGGAUCAAGAACGUGCAAAGGAGGCUGCGGCUACAGCUGCUGAGUUGGCUCAACGCAUGGCUGAAUUGCGACGGAGCAGACGAAGAACACUUGAGAAUAUGCCAACCGAGGAAGAAGGAUCCGGCGAUAUUGAUGUGGAUGGAAACAAAGUGUUUUGCAGGCAAUGUGGUGUAAUCAUCAAGCAAUUCAGAUACUAUUGCACGUAUUGCGAGUCACCUACUGAAGAUGGCACCAUGCACAGCUUUGAUCUUUGCUUGCUAUGCUUUGACCAACGAUUUCCAUUUUGGCAUGAACAUCCACGUUCUAGCUUUGCUGUACAAGCUGUGAUUGAUUCCGAAGCUGGGCCUAUGCCAAUCAAGGGUGAGCUGGUUACUGUAUGGGAGGAAGAUGUCAUUGAGGAUCCCAGUGCUGCUACAGCAGCUGACAAGGACACUGAGGGAGGCGAAACGGCUGCAACAACGGCAGCUGCAUCAAAGCAAGAUCAAGUUGAAGAAGCGAGCCAAGUAUUUACUGGAAGCUCAGCCAUUGAUACUGCUGAACAAGGAUACAAGUACCUGAAACGUUGGCAACGUCGCAAGGUGUGUGCAUUUUGCAAUGAUGAUGAUGACACAUCCGAAGACCUUGGGAAGUUUAUUGGCCCAUUUGUCAUUGCAACAUACAACAAGAAUGGUGUGGAGCGAAAACGCCAAUUUUGGGUUCACGAUGCUUGCGCACGCUACUCACCAGAAGUAUUUUGUACACCUGACGGCAAAUGGUACAAUGUGACAUUGGCACUUCGAAGAGGACGUGGUAUGCGAUGCUAUGGAUGCAAGGAAAAAGGAGCAACCAUCGGAUGCUUUGAAUCCAAAUGCAACAAGAGCUUCCAUUUGCCCUGUGCUGACAAGCCAGUCAAUUAUUUCCGAAAUGGCCUCAUUUUCUUUUGCCCAACACAUGAAGCGUAUUACAACAAGAAAGAUACCUACGUCAACGUCUUCAAGUGCGAUGGAUGCCAAAAGGAGAUGCAAGAUGAAUCGUGGUAUACGUGUUUACCCUGCGCAUCAAGCUAUUUUCGAUCCUAUGAUCUUUGUGGCGAGUGCUUUGAUACGUUGCCAGAGCGUAAUCACCCACAUGAUGAAGAUGAUUUUGAAGAGACAUCGUUUGCCAUCCUUAAAGAAGUCGAGGCAGAAAAGGCUCGUGAGGAAGCCCGUGCCAAAGAAUUAGCAGCAGCCAAACGCAAAAAGCCAUUGUUUCCAAAGAAGCGUCGCUUACGAGCUGGGGAAUCACCCGAUAUCACUUGCUGUUAUUGUGGCACCACAGAGUCUGAAGAAUGGCGUAAAGGAUAUGAUGGCGGCAUUGUUAUGUGUCGUCCUUGUUUUGAGAUGGCAUUGUUGGUGGAUAACAAUGAUGGUGGUCGUCCUUUGAUUUCCGAACCAAAUACCUUGAUCAAUGAUCCAGUGGUGGCAGCUGACAGCUAUGUGACACAAAUCGAAGAUUAUACGCACAAGCCUUAUUUGACGCGUGAUGCCCUCUCUUCAACCAAGUUUAGCAAUGAUGGCAAGGUGGCCCCUGUUCCUCGAUUAUCUACCUAUGAGCCGCAACCACAUCAGCUGUUUUCACUUGUAUUCGAUUCGACUUACUAUGAUAUCCCUGGUCGUGCACCUCGCUGGGCAACCCAUUCUGGUACCGAUUAUCAUGGUACCUGGUUACCGCAAACCGUACGCAGGUCAAUUCUCAAGCAUACCGACAAGGAUGAAAGGGUGUUAUCCAAUUUCUUAGGUCGAGGCACGGAUGCAAUCGAAUGCUUCUUAUUACAACGCAGAUGUGUGGGUGUGGAUAUCAAUCCGGCUGCUGUUGCAUUAUCCCAACGUAAUUGCUGCUUUGAGAUACCACCAGGAAUGACAUCAGCCGAGUAUCGACCCAUUAUUGCUCAAGCAGAUUCACGCCAUCUUGAAGGAUCCUUGUUUGGUGACGAAUCAUUCCAUCACAUCCUCUCACAUCCUCCCUACAAAGACUGUGUUGCUUAUUCUACUCAUCUCGAAGGCGAUCUUUCCCGCUUCACAAACAUUGAAGAAUUCAAGCUGGAAUACAUCAAAGUGGUGAAAGAGAGCUGGAGGCUGCUGAAAAUGGGUCGUCAGCUGACAUUGGGUAUUGGCGAUAAUCGAGAGCACUGUUUCUAUAUUCCUGUUGGCUUCCGGCUUUUGAGACAAUACAUCGACAAUGGAUUUGAACUUGAGGAAUUGGUCAUCAAGCGGCAGCGAUAUUGUUCCGCAUUCGGCCUCGGCACUUAUUUAUGCGUGCAGUUUGACUUUUUGGUGUUCACACACGAAUUCAUUGCUACUUUCCGCAAGAUACCGCUUAGCAACAUGGAUCGAAUGAUGCCUCAGGAAACAGAUUCACAGCAACAAACAUCACAAGAUCAAAUCAAGUUGUCAUAUACGCAGCAUGGUGUGCCAUCAAGUGCUAUAUUACGCAAAAGUGUGGUUAUGGGUACUGUUUGGGUUUUCAAGCCCACCGAGCAAUAUCGAUUUGAGCAGCUGUGCAUGUCUCGCAUGGUGGAGAGAUUUGGGCGUGAUGAUACCAACUGGGAGCAGGUGCACCUUGAGUUCCAGACAAAUGAGGCUGAGCAACAACUGCUGUUGAGUAGAUGCAAUGAAGAUAACUCAGCGAUGAAAUGCAAGCAAAAGAAGGAUGAAAGCACGCUUUCAGAAUAUGAACAACAGCGGCUAAAGCGGAUUGAAGAGAAUACCCGGAUGCUGGUGCAAUUGGGUUUAAUUUCAGAGCUGAGCGAGGAAUCAACCGAUGUCAUGCAUUACGAGACGAUGAUGACUAAGCCAUCACUACCAGAAGCUCCUCUUCGUUUGAUCAUUUCAGCUCAUCAGCCUCAGCUGCUUGCACACCAAACUAAUGCGUAUCGACAAACAUUGAUGCAACUUGCUCGCGAUGCAGUAAACAAACUAGCACCACAGGGAAUGUUGAUCAUUGGCACGCAAGACAUUCGAUCGGCCGAUGGCAAACUAUGGCCUAUGGGGAUGCUAGUUUUGGAGGAUAUCGAACGAACGGUGGAUGCAACUAUGCUCAAGCUCAAGGAGAUGGUGGUCGCUGUACCCGAUGGCUAUUCUAAGGAUCGAAAACAAGAAACAACCGCAUCAUCAUUGUCAACCCAAUUGGACAAAGAAGAGGAUAUCGUGGAUAUUGUGGACGAGCAUUUACCCAUUGUGCACGCUGUCUACCUUGUGUUUCAGAAAUUGUGA